AAAAGAAGCAUUCAUAAACUUUGCUUUCUCUGAUCCAAAGCUGCAAAAGCAAAACUACAAGCUGUUUUAUUGCUGUAAUAGAUCUGUGAAACUUGUUUCGUUGGAGCUUUCCGUCUCAGCCUUUGUUUUUACAAGCCAGUCUCCUCCAUUUUAGCAGUUUUGAUUGGUGACAUUUCGAGCAGGAAUGGGAGGCGGUGAAUUGAUCAAGAAAGGCUGGCUAGUCAAGAGUCCUCCUUUGGAGACCAGUGGAAUAAAAAGUUGGAGAAAGAGAUGGUUUUGUCUCAGAUCCAGCAAAGUACUAGAAUAUUACAAGAACGAGAGCAGCUCUGACCUCAAGGGAGUCAUUAAUCUUGAAGACUGCGUGAGCGUCCACUCGUCUCUCUUUCACAGAAAGUACAAACACGUUUUCGAUAUCCAGACAAAGGAGAGGACUUACUACAUGGUAGCUUCCUCCCUGGAUGAAAUGAAUGCCUGGGUAAAGACCAUAUGCCAAGUGUGUGGAUUCUAUGCUACUGAUAAUGAAAAAGACUCAAGUCCUACAACAAAUAACAACAAGCGUUACUCGGUCACUCUCCCCAGCAACAGCAGCAUACAGGCAAUGCCCCUCCCACCACCUCCGCCUUCUUCGGUCUCGGAGAGCGAGUAUCCACGCCCUCACAGAGUCAUAUCAAUGGAAGGAAUGGAGACAAGGAACACGAUGGAGAAUAAGAGUAAAGUCAUGAUACCUUCUGGUGUAUCGUUGACACAGGCUUUAGUUGCUAAAGGUUUUAAAACAGGAGGAGGAGGAGGAGGCGGUGGUAGAACGAGCAGGUCUUCUAGUAUCGCUUCAAGCUCAAGUAUUUCAAGGGACAGCGUGAGCCUUGAUUUCUGCGUACCACGACCACAGGACAAACCCAGCUACCUUGAGUGUAUGGGGUUUCAGACAUACGACAGUCCAAAAGGAACCGACUCAUUAUGCAAGAUACCGGACUGGUAUGACCUCCCACACACGUGGACUGACUCCUCGUCUGUUUUAUCCGAAGGAUCAGCUCAAUACCUUCCUAAUGGCUACCUACACAUGCAGUCACUCUCCGAGACCAGCUCCCCGAGACACUGCUCCGGUAACUGGGCCACGCCUCCUGAGAGUAACUACGACUAUCCUCCGCCCCCUCGUUUAGCUCGCCCUAACAAUAUAUACGAUGUUCCCCCGCCCCCUCGUCUGGCUAAUCUUUCGUAUGACGACACGUACGAUGUCCCUCCUCCCCCUCGCCCUCUUAUUAACGAUACAUAUGACGUUCCUCCUCCCCCUCGCCCUCUUAUUAACGAUACAUAUGAUGUUCCUCCUCCCCCUCGUCCUCUUGUUAACGAUACAUAUGACGUUCCUCCUCCCCCUCGUCCGUUAAUUGAUAAUACUUAUGACAUUCCACCGCCCCCUCGUUUAGCAAAUCCACCCACACACAAUGACACUUAUGAUUAUCCUCCGCCCCCUCGUCCAGCCUUUAGUAAUUACGAUUGUCUCUCGCCGAUUGAAGCUGUUGAUUGUCCGAGGCCGGAUGAAAGGAAGGCGGAGUCACACCGCCCACCUCCUCCCUGCCCGAAAGAGGAGGAGGAAGAGGAUAAGCAUCAUUAUGUUAAUCUUGCUAUCAUUGCUGGAGUAAUGGACGAAGGGUCUCCUCCAGUUAUUGACCGCAAUAACAAGCCGGCUCCUAAAAUAGAUCGCUCCACUAAGCCAAAAUCAAAUGGUGCCUCUGUGUCACCGCCUCUAGUACCUAGCUCUGAUUUCACCAGUAGACACUACAGCAGUUCAUCUUCUUCAACCGUUUCUGAUCUCAGCAAGGACGAGCCUUUCUCUCCAACGAGGGAUGUCCCACGUCUCACCCAUACCUCUGUCCGUUACUGUCACGUUACGUUCCCAAAGAAACCGAUACCUGCCCCGCGGACUAAAGCCCCUGGAGGAUCAUCUCCCAUCCCCACGACCAAGUACCAGUAUUCUGACGUUGAUCUCUUAGCUACUGCUAACUACGUGUAUAAGGAAACUACUUCAAGCAACGGCAGUUACUGCAGUGACAGUGGGAUCAGCAGCAACGAUCCAACCAAUAGAGAGGACUUGGGAAAGAAUGAGAUCUUUGAUAACUUCUCAGGCUCUUUUGAAGAGCCAGUUCAGCAACUGACUUUAGAUGCUACAAGUUAGUAAGACAAAACAUUUCCAUUUCAAUGGAGAACUAAUACCUGCACACGCACACUGGCUGUUAUUAUUAUUUAAUUUUUGUGUCACAUGUGUAAUUUUUCUUUGUUGUUCUUAUGACUAUUUUUAUUUUUAUUUUUUCAAUUUCAUUGUCAAUAUGUUACCAACCAUGUCACUCUUCUGGAAUUUUUUUUUUUUUGAAUAAUAAUUUUAACUGUUCACAGUGACAAUAUAAUACAA